ACUGCAGCACCUGUGGCCUCCGGUACUGGCUACAGGUGCGCGCAGGAAGGAGCUGUGGUGGUUGUGCUCCGGAGCUGGUGUACCCGACCCAGCAGCACCUCCGGCUGCCUUCGUGUCCCUGAGGCUGAAACAGAAAAGGCUUUCUCAGCCCUUCCGACUCCGACAUCCAAACAAAAAGUGGUCUCCAACCUUGACCCCUGCAGAGGCUUGAACGAUGGCGUCCAUGGGACUACAGAUGCUGGGAAUCGCCUUGGCGGUCCUGGGCUGGCUGGGAGCCAUCCUGAGUUGUUCGCUCCCCAUGUGGCGGGUGACCGCCUUCAUCGGCAGUAACAUCGUCACGGCCCAAACCAGCUGGGAGGGCCUGUGGAUGACCUGCGUGGUCCAGAGCACCGGGCAGAUGCAGUGCAAGAUGUACGACUCCCUGCUGGCCCUACCUCAGGACCUGCAGGCCGCCCGAGCCCUCAUAGUCAUCAGCAUCAUCGUGACCGCGUUUGGGAUGCUGCUCUCCGUAGUAGGAGGCAAGUGCACCAACUGCGUGGAGGACGAGACCGCCAAGGCCAAGAUCAUGAUCACAGCCGGCGCCGUGUUCAUCGUGGCAGGCUUGCUGCUUCUGGUGCCUGUGUCCUGGACCGCACACAACGUGAUCCGCGACUUCUACAACCCUCUGGUGGUGGCCGGGCAGAAAAGGGAGAUGGGAGCCUCGCUUUACGUCGGCUGGGCAGCCUCUGGGCUCCUGCUCCUGGGAGGAGGCCUCCUGUGCUGCAAUUGCCCACCGCGCAGCAGCGACAAGCCCUACUCAGCCAAGUACUCCGCCGCCCGCUCUGCCCCCGCCAGCAACUACGUGUAAGGUGGGCCACUCUUGCUCUGUCCCCACUCACUGCC